CUGUGCCGUGUCUCACAUUCAGUCUGAGAUCCUUCAGGAGCAGGAGUUCUGGAGCCCCCCUCCCCCAGGUCUUGGCCCGAGCCGACGCCGACGCCGGAAGAGGCGAGCCGAGCCGAGCGUCCCCGCCAUGCCAGCGCCGCUGCUCCCGCUGCUGCUGCGAAUGCUCCUGUCUCGCCUGCUACUGCCAGCCGCCCGCCUGGCCCGCCAGCACCUCCUGGCCCUGCUGCGCGGCCUGGCCAGCCGCCUGCACUCCCACAACAUGCGGGAGGCCUUGCUGGGCUGCCUGUUGUUCAUCCUCAGCCAGAGACACCCGCCGGAGGCUGCCGCCGCCGAGGCCUCCAGGGGGGCCCACGCGGAGAGGAAAGACAGGCUAGCACCCCCCAAGUGAGCCCCCCAGACCUGGAAGCUGCAGUAGCCAUGGGAACGCUUUCCCGCCGAGUCAGCCCGUCUGGCAGCAUCUCUGACUGCAGCCUGCCCAGCGCACGGGGAAUGAGCUUGAGAAGGAAGAGCCAGCCGGGACUCACCGCCCCUCUCCCAGCAGGAUGGACUGCCACAGAGCCCUGUGUCCCCCGGAAGAGCUGUCUUCACUUCUUCCUCCCAAGAACUCCACCUGUCCCCUCCAGCCCAGCCCUGGAAAGGAGAAUAUUCAUUCUUGCCCCCUAUCCUCUCCGAGCAAAUGGGGACAUGAGAUGUGAUGGGGACAAUGUCUAACCCCAGCCACAAUGACAAUGGACAAUUUAGCCUGCGGGGGGAGAGAUUUUUGUCUUGCUUUUGUUUGGUUUUGGUGCUAGGCAUCUAACCCAGGGCCUCCGACAGGGACAGGGGAGGUCCAGUGAAGCUUCUAGGUGUAUGUGUGUGUGUGUGUGUGUGUGUGUGUGUGUGUGUGUGUGUGUGUUGGGGACAGUGGGGUAGGUAUAGUAUAGGGGUUAAGGUACCUGCUUUGCAUGUGGUCAACUCUUGAACACCAUCUAAUAUGGCCCAACCCUGCUUCUUCUCAAAAAAAAAAAAAAAAAAGAGCCCAAACUAACGGAAAGCGGGGAGGAGGAGAGGUGAGUGGGUCUAGUGGAGGAUGCAGUGUUGGAAUAUUGCAUGCAUGAACCCUCUCAUCAGCUGCAUUGUAAAUCAAGGUGCCUACGAUUAAAAAAUAAAAGAAAGGGGGCUGGACCCAUAGUCCAGCAUGUUUGCCUUGUACAUUGCUCACCUGGGAUGGAUCCCUGGCACCACAUAA